AUGUGCUCUAGCCCGUACGGACUGCGGAUAAGUACUUCUGGACGGGCACAUCCAAGGCCUCGACCAGCUCUCUGCCACCUUUUCCAAGCAGACUCACACUCGCUCCAGUGUCCAACAACCCCGUCAGUUGCUUGGUCAGAACUCGGACUGCGGCGAACGGUCUGGGAUCUCGCGAUAAACUGCGCCUCACGGCGGCCACUGCUUCGCGUCGGCAGUUCCGACGUUUGCGAAAUCGCUCCCUGGCCUUUUGCACCUUACGAGACACCAUACGCAUCCCGCCCAACUGGUGCUCUGAGAAGAUCCUGUUCCUGGUCUCUAGAUACCGUCGCAUCCUCUCCGCAUAAGCUCUUCUUCUCUGCGGAACUCCUGUUUGGACGCAUCCUCUCCGCCCUCGGAUCGCCCAGCCGACCGUUUUCCGCACAAUCCGGACAUUUGGGAGACACGGUGUCUGGCUUCCCACAUCGGUAGCAGAACACUCUGCGUUCUGUUGCUGCGCAGUCACGGAACCCGUGAUCCACGGCUCCGCAAUUCCAGCAGCCGGCUCGGA